ACCACAUAUAUCGUUCACCAACUGCCCUUGAUAGCAUCCUCAGAUCUUCACGUCCCUGUGACCUAAAAUUCGCAUCAGCAACCGUACCUGUUCCUGAGCGCUUGCUGCUGCGCCUCGCCCAGCUGCCCUGAACCCCGCCAUACCAAUCGAUUGCGCCCGCGGUUCAGCGCCCCGCCACGACAGCUAACCCGCACGCUUCUGCUGCGGCGCCUGACUUCUGCCUGCGAACUCUCGUCGUCCUCCUCCACACGCCUCCUGUGCUUCGCGACGCUCCCUUAGACGUCUUUCUUCAACAUGGGUAAAUCCCAGAGUAAGCUCUCGCAGCAGGAGCUGGCCGAUCUGCAGAAGGCAACCCAUUUCGACAAGAAAGAAUUGCAGCAAUGGUACAAGGGUUUCCUCAAGGACUGCCCAUCCGGCAUGCUUACUAAGGAAGAGUUCCAGAAGAUCUAUAAACAGUUCUUCCCGUUCGGGGACCCAUCAUCGUUUGCAGAUUAUGUAUUUAAUGUCUUCGACGCAGACAAAUCCGGUACUAUCGACUUCAAGGAGUUCAUCUGCGCGCUAAGCGUUACAAGUCGGGGAAAGAUGGAGGACAAGCUUGACUGGGCCUUUCAGCUGUACGACAUCGACGGAGACGGCAAGAUCAGCUACGAGGAGAUGCUAGCAAUUGUAGAGGCCAUAUACAAGAUGGUCGGCUCCAUGGUUAAGCUCCCCGAAGACGAAGACACUCCAGAGAAGCGCGUCCGCAAGAUCUUCCGAAUGAUGGACAAAGACGAGAACGGCAGCUUAGACAUGGCCGAGUUUAAAGAGGGCUCCAAGCGUGACGAGACGAUCGUAUCAGCACUGUCUCUCUACGACGGGCUGGUAUAGGCGGCAGUGCUAUUGUUAUUUCUUGUUCGUGACUUCUUCGAUACCACAUUGCGUCGUGGGAUUUCUUGGCAUGCAUCUAUUAGGCAUGCUGCAUGAGGUGGAAGUCUGUUCGCUUAGGCGCAGGUUUCGACAUGACUGAUGUAGAUAUGACUUGCUGCAUUGGUUUAACUGUGCAAUACAUGGAUAUCCAAAUUCAGUCUUGUGUUGGCUAACCGUCAAGGUGAAAAUGACAUUGGGCUGCUCGUUCAGCAUCAUCC